UGCUCGGCUCCGGGCGAGUUGAUUCACUUACUCACCCCCUAACGCCGAGUUCCUUUUCACUGUCUGUGGACAUUAAAAAAGCGAGCGGCGGCGGGCACCCGGGAGAGCAAGCGGCCGGGCAGCGGGCGGGCGAGCAGCGAUCGGGAGGCUGAGCAAGCGAGCAGCGCCGGCGCAGCGCGGUGACCCCAGCCCGGAUCUGCGAGGAGCAGGAGCCGGAGCGGAGUCGAUCUCGGCGCCCUCGCAGCGCUCUUCCCGGCCCGAGCCGGCCCUGCCUGGUCGCGGCGGCGGCGGCAGCGGCGCGUCCUCCAGCGGCGGCAGCGGCGCUCGCAGCGCCUGGACUCGCAGCAGCUGUGCUCGGACUGCCAGGGCUACCGCCUCCUGACCCUCGCCACCUUUUCCUGAUAAUCUCAGCAGCCUCAAGUCCUGGUCGUGGGCAGAGGCCUUAGCAGGACGAGGAGGCUGUUGACGUCAGACCAAUGCUGCGAGGGGUGUGAGAAAAAGAGCCACCGUCCAUCACUCAGCUUCAAGACCCAGAAAGGAUGGAGCUGGAGUGAGGCGGAGGCGCUGCAAGCUGCUGACCAGCACGUGGGACGCUGGUGAUUCUCGGGUCACUGAGGCUGGACAACGUUCAUGGCUCUCGGGUAGAACCCAGUGAAACGGUCAGAAUGAAUUCUAUGGACAGGCACAUCCAGCAGACCAAUGACCGACUGCAGUGCAUCAAGCAGCACUUACAGAAUCCUGCCAACUUCCACAAUGCCGCCACAGAGCUGUUGGACUGGUGUGGAGACCCGAGAGCCUUCCAGCGGCCCUUUGAGCAAAGCCUGAUGGGCUGUUUGACGGUGGUCAGUCGGGUGGCAGCUCAGCAAGGGUUCGACCUGGACCUCGGCUAUAGACUGUUGGCUGUGUGUGCUGCAAACCGAGAUAAGUUCACUCCGAAGUCUGCCGCCCUGCUGUCCUCCUGGUGCGAGGAGCUCGGCCGCCUGCUGCUGCUCCGACAUCAGAAAAGCCGCCAGAGCGACCCCCCCGGGAAACUCCCCAUGCAGCCCCCCCUCAACUCCAUGAGCUCCAUGAAACCCACUCUGUCACACAGUGAUGGGUCUUUCCCCUAUGACCCUGUCCCUUGGCAGCAGAACACCAACCAGCCUCCCGGCUCCCUCUCUGUGGUCACUACAGUUUGGGGAGUGACCAACACAUCCCAGAGCCAGGUCCUUGGGAAUCCUAUGGCCAAUGCCAACAACCCCAUGAAUCCAGGCGGUAACCCCAUGGCUUCAGGCAUGACCACCAGCAACCCCGGUCUCAACUCCCCCCAGUUUGCCGGGCAGCAGCAACAGUUCUCAGCCAAGGCUGGCCCUGCGCAGCCCUACAUCCAGCAGAGCAUGUACGGCCGGCCCAACUACCCUGGCAGCGGGGGCUUCGGGGCCAGUUACCCUGGGGGUCCUAAUGCUCCUGCAGGCAUGGGCAUCCCUCCGCACACCAGGCCGCCCGCUGACUUCACUCAGCCGGCGGCCGCUGCAGCAGCAGCUGCAGUGGCAGCAGCAGCAGCCACGGCCACGGCCACGGCCACGGCCACUGUGGCAGCCUUGCAGGAGACGCAGAAUAAGGAUAUAAACCAGUAUGGACCGAUGGGUCCCACCCAGGCGUAUAACAGCCAAUUCAUGAACCAGCCCGGGCCUCGGGGGCCUGCCUCCAUGGGGGGCAGCAUGAACCCUGCAAGCAUGGCGGCUGGCAUGACACCCUCGGGAAUGAGUGGCCCUCCCAUGGGCAUGAAUCAGCCCCGGCCACCUGGCAUCAGCCCCUUUGGCACACAUGGGCAGCGGAUGCCCCAGCAGACCUACCCGGGCCCCCGGCCCCAGUCCCUUCCCAUUCAGAGCAUAAAGAGGCCAUACCCAGGAGAGCCCAACUAUGGAAACCAGCAAUACGGACCAAACAGCCAGUUCCCCACCCAGCCAGGCCAGUACCCCACCCCCAACCCCCCACGGCCUCUCACCUCGCCCAACUACCCCGGGCAAAGGAUGCCCAGCCAGCCAAGCACCGGGCAGUACCCGCCCCCCACGGUCAACAUGGGGCAGUAUUACAAGCCAGAGCAGUUUAAUGGACAAAAUAACACCUUCUCGGGAAGCAGCUAUAGUAACUACAGCCAAGGGAAUGUCAGUAGGGUAAGCCAGCUCCCAGUUCCUGUGGCAAAUUACCCCCACUCACCUGUUCCAGGGAACCCCACACCCCCCAUGACUCCUGGGAGCAGCAUCCCCCCUUACCUGUCCCCCAGCCAAGAUGUUAAACCACCCUUCCCACCUGACAUCAAGCCAAAUAUGAGCGCUCUGCCGCCACCCCCAGCCACCCACAACGAUGAGCUGCGGCUCACGUUCCCUGUGCGGGAUGGCGUGGUGCUGGAGCCCUUCCGCCUCGAGCACAACCUGGCUGUCAGCAACCAUGUCUUUCACCUGCGGCCCACAGUCCACCAGACGCUGAUGUGGAGGUCUGACCUGGAGCUGCAGUUCAAGUGCUACCACCAUGAGGACCGGCAGAUGAACACCAACUGGCCGGCCUCGGUGCAGGUCAGCGUGAACGCCACACCCCUCACCAUCGAGCGUGGCGACAACAAGACCUCCCACAAGCCCCUGCACCUCAAGCACGUGUGCCAGCCGGGCCGCAACACCAUCCAGAUCACUGUCACAGCCUGCUGCUGCUCCCACCUCUUCGUGCUGCAGCUGGUCCACCGGCCAUCCGUGCGCUCUGUGCUGCAAGGCCUCCUCAAGAAGCGCCUCCUGCCUGCUGAGCACUGCAUCACCAAAAUCAAGCGGAAUUUCAGCAGCGUGGCAGCCUCAUCAGGCAACACGACUCUCAAUGGGGAGGACGGAGUGGAGCAGACGGCCAUCAAGGUGUCUCUGAAGUGCCCCAUCACAUUCCGGCGCAUCCAGCUGCCUGCUCGAGGCCAUGAUUGCAAGCACGUCCAGUGCUUUGACCUGGAAUCAUACCUGCAGCUGAAUUGCGAGAGAGGGACCUGGAGGUGUCCUGUGUGCAAUAAAACUGCUCUGCUCGAGGGCCUGGAGGUGGAUCAGUACAUGUGGGGCAUCCUGAAUGCCAUCCAGCACUCCGAGUUUGAAGAGGUCACCAUCGACCCCACGUGCAGCUGGCGGCCAGUGCCCAUCAAGUCAGACCUACACAUUAAGGAUGACCCUGAUGGCAUCCCCUCCAAGCGAUUCAAGACCAUGAGUCCCAGCCAGAUGAUCUUGCCCAACGUCAUGGAGAUGAUCGCAGCCCUGGGCCCUGGUCCAUCACCCUAUCCACUCCCGCCUCCACCUGGGGCCACCAGCUCCAAUGACUACAGCAACCAAGGCAACAACUACCAGGGUCAUGGCAACUUUGAUUUCCCACAUGGGAACCCUGGCGGGACGUCCAUGAACGACUUCAUGCACGGACCUCCCCAGCUCUCCCACCCCCCGGACAUGCCCAACAACAUGGCCGCCCUCGACAAACCCCUCAGCCACCCCAUGCAGGAAACUAUGCCACACGCUGGCAGUUCUGACCAGCCCCAUCCCUCCAUACAACAAGGUUUGCACGUCCCACACCCCAGCAGCCAGUCAGGGCCUCCAUUACAUCACAGUGGGGCUCCUCCUCCUCCUUCCCAGCCUCCCCGGCAACCGCCACAGGCCGCUCCCAGCAACCAUCCACACAGCGACCUGACCUUUAACCCCUCCUCAGCCUUAGAGGGUCAGGCCGGAGCGCAGGGAGCAUCCGACAUGCCGGAGCCUUCGCUGGAUCUCCUUCCUGAACUCACAAAUCCCGAUGAGCUCCUCUCGUACCUGGACCCCCCCGACCUGCCGAGCAAUAGUAACGAUGAUCUCCUGUCUCUCUUUGAGAACAACUGAAGCCCACCCUCUUUCGGGGCCAUCCCUCCCCACUCUGCUCCUUCCCUAUCUGUCCCCCACACACUUUCCUGCUGGGAGCCCAUGUCCUCAGACCGCCCCUGCUGCAGCCUUCUCAGAGCAGAGGGGCGGGAGGGUGCACUCUGAAGGCUGUGUGGGUCUGGAGCCCAUGCCCAGAACAGGCCCCGAAGAUGACCCUCGCGAUGGGGAGCCAGCCGGUGAGAGGGCAUACACUGACGAUGACUUGCUGGUCCCUCUGUGUGUGCUGAUUCCAAAUGACCAGUGGCCCCCAGGUUCUUCCAGUUUCUAAACUGUAACCCUGCCUCCCUGCUUCUUGGCCCAGAGCCUCCUUCAAGUGACUGAGCCUGAGAGAAGGCCUCCCCGAAACCCAAGCAGCCCCGAACCUUGGAAAAGCAGUGACAGUUGGCUGCACUGAAAACAGCCCACCCACCACCACCACCAACAACAACAACAACCACCCACCCAUCACAGAAAAGCACAAACCUCUGGGAAAGAGAACUCUAGGGGCCAAGGUCAUCAUUUUGACCCUGACCUCUAAGCCAAGAUAUCGUAUAAACACUCUCUCAAAGCAGAAAAAAAGGACAAGAUUCUGUUUUUGAGAGAGGGUGUACUAUUCCUGCUUGGGGACUGGUGGUGAAAGGGAUCAGGGCCUCCUCAGAGCAAAGACAACGCAGCAGGUGGCUCCAUGACCUUUGGACUCCAGCCUGGGCCCAGCCUUGGGGGACAGAGAGAGCGAGUACUCAGCCGUAAUUAUUGUGCCCUUAGUUGAGGGGCAGGGGAAAGCUACCAGGUGGAGUCAAUAGGAACAGCAACUUAAAACUGCUCCAAGCCACUCCCUGUUUUUAAACAAUAAUGUAAAGCUACAAAGUCAUCUGGAGAAAAGGAACAUUGGACUUGGACAGCAAGCGAACCAUUUCUCUACAUGCGUUCUGUUUCCUCCCUCCUGCUUCUCGCCCAGACUGUUACAUGGGACACCCACUUCCCUCUGUACUGGUUCUCCUUUGUCUCCCCAGACGGCAAGGUGGGAUGGUGGAAAGACAUGGGAGAUGCGGGCUCGGGCGCACGUGCGGGCUUAGCAGCAGGAACCCCAGCAUCGGUAUCUCUCCUGCUCCUCUGUCCGUCUGUUCCUGGGCUCAAGGUCGCCCAUGUUAGUUGGGAUAUAUCCACGAGCAUAGAGGGGUGUUUCUGUGGUUGUCCCACUGCGCUGCCAGCCUCUCAUUCCCUCUGUGCCCCUCUGCCCUCAAAAGCUUCGUCCAUACCCCUCACUUGAGAAGCAGCCUCUGGUUUUCCCUCACCGCUUUGCUCCGCCCAGCUUACUGCUCUCCAAGUCUCCCAGGUAUCUUGUACGUCCGUUUCGUUUCAGGCUCCUCUGUGCUCCCCUAAGCCACAUGGCCUGGGAUGCUGCUGGGCUGUCAGGUCACUUGGGUCACAUCUGUAAAUUUGUUGCUCCCCUCCCUUCUGCUUCCUGGGGCCUUUCCCUGCUCUCCUGUCCACCACGUGUAUGCUCAGUCUCCGUCUCCCUCUUAGUGGCGGGUGGUCCCCAGCACUCCUCUGGACUUGACCGGAUGGGCAGCUCCAGCUGUUGAUUUCCAGUCGCUUUACCAGACGCCAGCACAAGGUUUUCUGUAGGAAAGCUGCCAUUGUCCGUCCCCUUGCCUUUUUUCCUUUGUCCCGUUGUCGAGGUUUUUUCAAACAGUGUGGUGUUCAGUAUGCAAAUCAAUUAUUUUAUGAAUUGCUUUUGUAAAUAUCUUUGUGAAUAUUUUAGUAUCGUCUUUGAUAAUAUUCAACAUUUUCAUGACCUGGUUAUAGCCUUUGCUGGUGUUUUUAAAAUACCUUGACUCAAUGACAAAGACCGAGUCCUUUUUUAAAAAAAAAAACAACAACAAACAAAAACAAAAAAGCAACCAGGGCUAUUUGUACAGAUGAAGGGACGAAGAGCAUGGGUGGCUAAACCGUGAGUUAGACAACCAGGCCCCCCACUGUUUAGAGCCAUCCCCAGUUGUCUGGUGGGGACAAGGUGGCUCCAGGUAGCAUAUGGCCGUCCUUGCCCAGUGGCUGACAGCCCCGGCAGGUAGCCACACUGUGUUGGGCCAUGUCGGAAUGUUCCGCCCCAGACAGACUUACAGAUGCCUUCCUUAGAAGUUCCUGCUUCCUGCCGUGCUACUUUUUCCCAGAAAGGCCUGGGGUUCGUUCUCAUUUUUAUUGGGCUGUCCCCACUCUGCUCACCGACCUGUCCACCGCUUCCUAAUGCAGAGGGUCGAUAUGCUCCCCACAGCCCCGGCCCCAGGCACCUCCCUUAGCCAUCUCUGUGGAAGCCGUGGCUCGGCACCCGAGGCAGGUUUCCCGGGUCCCCUUUUAAGCGAGCCUCCACCAGCAACUUCAGCAAAGAACUUUUCCUGAACCAUGGUGCCUGAAGCCUGUGCUCAGGGGGAUGUACUUUCGGAGUGAUUUUGGAGCUAGGCCAGGGAGCAAGGGGAGGCACAAAGGCCUUGGGGGCUAGGAAAGCCCCAGCUGGUGACAGAUUCAGAUGACGACAGCCUCCCCAAGCAGGGGCGGUUCUGAACUCGGGAGAUGCUUCCCUGAUCCUUUUGGACAACUACUUGGAGCCAUAAGUAACCUCAGCAAAAAAGAGGCCUCAGCAAGCCACUUCUCCAUGACAGGCAUCCAACCCAGGCCAUAGGCACGUUUUUGCUGCCACUCCACAAGAUGGACAGGGCGCCGGCUGGCAGGUGGGAAGGCCCAAGUACAGGCAAUCACCCCAUCUUCUUGGUUUGAAGCUUUACCCAUGUGUCAUGUUCCCUGUAGCCAUUUUAUUUUUUAAGAGACUUCUAAUACUGUCUCCCUAAUGGAAGCCCUAACCCCCCUCCUCCCCCUCCCAGAGAGCUACACGUCUGCUCCCUCAGCCUGACCCAUCCAGAUAGGGCGAUGUCAGCAGCAGCGACUCAAAGGACGUGUGUACAUAUGUAAAUGAGAAAUAGAGACAUGUUAACAGAUGCAUUCAUUUCCCUUGGAAUGUGUAUUGUUUUUAUUUUACGAAACAAAAAAGGCUUGGAACUCCAUCUUAACGUGGAAAAACUAGAUCCUGUUUGUUAGCGUUUGUGAGGUCUCUGCAUCUGUCUCACUCAUGUAAUAUACUCGGACCCUGUGUGAAAAGGACUUUUUGUUCUGUUUUGUUUUUAUUUUACCUACAUGUACUAUUUAGCUUCAGUGUACUAGUCCUGCCACCUGUGUAUUUUUAGGGUGCUAUGGAAAUGAUGACAAGAAAUGGGGAUUUCAGAAGAAAAUUGUAACCAGAUUCAUACUUUGUAUAAUUUUUGAUAUCAUGAUCGCAGGUGAUCCACACGUACACACAUAAACAUACCCACAGUGCAGCCCGAAGUGACCCGCAGGAAUCGUCAUCGUCUUUGUACAUCUAUGUACAAUGCAACCAUUUCAUACUUUAAACUGGUCAGAAAAGUAAUUGUGAUUUCUAGUCUUGCAAAGCUGUAUGUAGUUAGAUGAUGUGACAACCUCUAAUAUUUAUCUAAUAAAUAUGUAUUCAGAUGAAACCUGUAUAUUAGGUGUUCAUGUGGUUAUUUUGUAUUUAAAGAUCAAAUUAUUUGACUAUUGCUAGACAUUUCUAUACUCUGUUGUAACACUGAGGUAUCUCAUUUGCCCAUGUUAAUUUUUUUCUAAAUAAAUUGACAAAAACGAA